AUGGAUUUUCUGCAGAUAAGGGUUUGGUUCCAGAACAGAAGAGCCAAAUGCAGGAAGCAGGAGAACCAGUUACAUAAAGGAGUCCUGAUUGGAGCAGCGAAUCAGUUUGAAGCUUGUCGUGUAGCGCCAUAUGUCAACGUGGGGGCUUUACGAAUGCCAUUCCAACAGGUGCAGGCGCAGCUGCAGCUGGACAGCGCCGUGGCUCACGCGCAGCACCACCUGCACUCUCACCUGGCGGCGCACGCGCCCUACAUGAUGUUCCCCGCGCCGCCUUUCGGGUUGCCCCUGGCGACGCUCGCGGCGGAGUCGGCCUCCGCCGCCUCAGUGGUGGCCGCCGCCGCUGCGGCCAAGAACACGAGCAAGAACUCCAGCAUCGCCGACCUGAGACUGAAGGCCAAAAAACACACGGCGGCGUUGGGACUGUGACAGAGAGGACACGAGGAGACACUGAACCAAAACUGCUUACAAAGUGAAGUGGGAGGUGGGGGCGCGAAAAAGUAUCGACGGACGUAAUUUAUGUUUUCUCAUUGAAGGAGGACGAGUAUAAUUAUAAAAUAUAGGCUAUUUAUGAAAUACAAUGAGGAAGACUGUGACGUGAUAGCCUACACAGAAGCCUAAAGAGGCGGACGGGGUGGACGGCGACGCGGGGACAGACACCCCGACGACGAGGAGGAGGAGGAGGAGGAUGCAGCUGGGUCGGUCGAUUCUUUGUCAAACAAGGCGAACCAUUCUGCAAUUUUUCCUGUUUAAAUAUUGUAUUCUUGUUGUUAUGAUUUCUUUUCGAUUCUACAUAGAGGCUGGCCUCAUAAUAUUUCAAAAGAAAAGGAAAAAAAAAA